CUCAGUUUUUUCGGCAAGUAACGGUCAAGCUCGGUUACUAAGCGUGCACGCUUUGCGCGCUCAAUUAAGAUGGCGGCAGCUAGAGGAGGAACAUGGAGGCCGUACAAGGAACUUCUUGCGACGGUAGAACGAGCUGCUUUGUACAAGAAAACUCCAGAAGUUUUUCAUGAACUAGAGGUUGCAUUGGAUAAAUUCAAUCCAGAUUUUAUCACUUUGCUUAAAAAUCCGGCAAAAAAUACAGACCACCGAGAGCAAUUGAAGAGAGCCCCCACAAAUGGUCUUCAACUUGCUGGCUUUACAGAGAAACAGAAGCUUCCUGAGCAGUUUGUCAAGGAGGCCCUCAUUCUUAGUGACAGUCUUGAACUGAAUGAGUUUGUGUGUGUUGAGUUACUUCUUGCUGGUGAACAGCAGCAACCCAACUUUCCUGGCCUAACCAGAGGUUUGGUGGCAGUGCUCUUGUACCAUGAUGGGAGGAGAUGUUUAAUUAGUGCCUUAAGAACAUUGAUACAGUCUAGAGAGGGAAUAACAUGGACGUUGGGCCUCUAUGAAGAGAUGACACAGUUAGUAACGACAUUCACUGAUGAACUUUUGAAAGAAGGAUUGGUUAGAACAAUUCUUCACCAACUUGAGCAUCUUGACGUUCAAAAUGAACUUGACAAGUUGGAGAGAGGACAAGCCAUAGGUGAUGAACGUCACAAACAACAACUUAUUGACUUUAUCACAGAUCAAAGACAACUCUUGGCUGAAUGUCUCUUUUGCUUUGCUUGCCAAUCACCGCUACCAAAAAGUGACUGCCUACAACUGUUGUCUUUUCUCAAGAAAUGUCCCUCUACAGAUGCGGAUGGCUCACUUGACAGUGUCACUCUAACUCUGUUGAUGGCCAUGUUGUACUGUUUAAAUGUUGAUCCUCUGGAUGAAGCAGCAGACGUGCAAGGGUCUUUUCAAGAGGAAAUGUUCCCUUUGUUGACGGACCACAGCUUUAUUCCAGAGUUUCAUCUGGAAAUCAAACAGCAGGGAACAUGGGAAAACCAAGGGAUGUGUGCAUGUGUCCGUUUUGCUUGGGCUCUGGUACUACGAACCUGCAGCCAGUGGCCUAAUAUUGUUGGAGCAGUAGAGGUACUGGAGAAAGAUGAAGAGGAGUUAGAUCUGGCAGUGCAAGAAAACGUUUUGAGUUUCCUUCGGCACUCUGUGGUACGAGCCACCAAUUUUCACCAGGAGGAAUACUUUGUCCAACGCUUACACUCACUUGUGACUGGAUUUAUUGUUAAGAUGCCUUUAAAGGUUAAAGAACUUCGCAACCAUGGUGAUGAAGUGGCACGUAUUCUUCAGGCUCACUUGCAAGAUGGUGUGGAGCCCCCUGCUGGUUUGCUGAGACACUUUGAAGAUUUGAUGAGAAUGAUUGGAGAACUUUAUGAGAAUGAUUCACUUGGCCUUGAACUGGCUGUAGAUUUCUGGUGUCCUUUGGAUGCAAGCUCUUUCACACCAUUUUCACCUUAUGACUCAUCAAGAAUUUCACCAAGCUUUAGACCUCAUGCAUCACAGAAGCAAGUGAGCCUCUACAAGUUUGUGCGGCUGGCUGGAGAUUUAUUGCCUGCUCCACUUUUUGUCCCAUACAUUGAAAUGCUGUGUGGUCUCUCAAACAGCCCUCAGGCUGCUCAUCACUGCUUCAACUUGCUCAAAUCCACAGCAAAUGGUCCUCUGUCUUGGGAUCACUUCUUUGCUUCUGUUAAACAGUAUUACAUGGAUCUAAGACAGGAUGGUGCAAACACAGUGAUGAUGUAUGGUGGCUUGCAACGAGAAACAGGUCAGGUUCACAGACCACGCCCAACAAACCGUAACAUAACACCUGAGGAAUUGGAAGGGCUGGAGGCAGUGUUAAAACUUACAGAGAGAAUUGCUGAUCAGGAUGAAAUAGCCCGCCUUACAAUGUGUGAAAGUCAAGCGUGGCUUCCCAUUGCGUCCCUGUUUGGCCUACUUGGUUGCCCUGUACCUCUAAGGCUAAAGGCACAGAUUCUUUCAACACUUGCUGCAUUUGCAAAGUCUCCUGAAAUUGCUUCCUCUUUGUGGCAUACCCUAGAAUCAUCACAGAUAUUACAGACAGUCCAAACAGCUGGCCAAACUGCACAGCAAGGUGGAAUACAGGUGGAAUUGAAUGAGCUUGAAGCACGCAGUGAGACCUACCCUGAGACUAGAGCAUUCCUGAAGCUGCUGACAAAUCUUACAGAUAUUCCACUACCAGCAAACUUGGGAGCAGGCUACAGAGUCCCUGGGUUUGAACCAUAUCUGGCGUUCCUACGAGAUGAGGUGUUUCUUAAGUUCAAUUCACGAGGAUACCAAGAUCCCCAUGAAAAGUGGAAAGUUGCCAGUGCUGUGCUACAGAUCCUCUUCAAGUUACUGGAAAGUUACAGUCCAAAACCAAAUGAUUUUGUGGACCAGUAUGUUGAAAUUCAGGGAGGAGAGCAGAUGAAAGUUCCUAAACCUCCUGGAUUCAUUCUAAUGACAUACAUGUUAAAUUACACACAAAUGUUAAAAAUGUUGCUGAAUGUUAUUGAUGGUGCUUCAUCUUCACUUGAAUAUCUUUCCAUUACAUCAGAGGGAAGAGAACAUCUGGAAAAAGCGGCAUUGCUCUGCCUGAGAAUGAUUGAAAUUUCCUUGGAAAAACAAGAGAAGUUUGUGGACUUAUAUCGCAGCGUAGCACAACAGUCAACGGUGAUGAUUUCACCUUUAGAGGAAUUGCUGCUUAGCGUUAAUCCACAGACAGGCUCUCCCGACUACCUGCUUAAAAUCAUGAAGUUUGUUUCUCAUCUUCACACUGGAGCUGAACUCAGCCUAUCUGUUGUUAAGAUUUUGUGUUUGGUCUGCCGGUCAAUAACCGUUCAGAGACACUUGGUGAAUCUCCUGACUGCUAAUCAGGCUGCCGCUCAGAAAAUACUCAUUGGAUUUGUUGAUCAGCUAGAUAUCAAUGAACCUGAAGAAAAUCUUGGCAAAGAUGAGCAAGAACUAAGAAAUGAAUUCUUAGAUGAGAACUCGUUUGGAUUGUCACAAAUUCGCAACGCUGUGAGGCAAAAUAUUCUGAGAUUAGUUCUUUAUUCUCUUCAACACCCUUCGCCCAAUCUGGCUCAUUUUUUGAUGGGCUAUGAGCUCAGAAAACCUGUGUCCAAGACCAAUCUUCAGGAUCCUGGUGUUCUUGGUGCUUCAAAGACUUGUCUCCACGCAGUACUAGACAUUCUGAACAGAGAGGUGGAUACACAUCGUGGCCCUUCGUGUGUUACAGACGCUCCAAAAUUCACCGAGCUCGCAUAUCAGCUUGUUUACAAUCUAUGUGCCAAUAAGGAUACUGCAAUCCCGACUCUGCGCUAUCUGAGAACAAGCCAUGAUUUCCUGUACCAGCACCUUCAACACUUACCUUUUAGGAAUCUUGCAAAUAUGAACAUGGGCGAAGGACAGCCUCCUGUUCCAAUGCUUACCAUCGUCAAUCAGCAGUCCUGGCUUCUGAAGACUGCUGCCAUCGAGCUGAGGAUGACAGCUCAAGGCCGACAAAGAUCACAUACCCAGAGGCUCCUGACGCUCUUGAUGGGAGAGCCAUCAGCUCAGACGUUGAUGGGUAUGACGCACUUCCCAGAGGUAGUUCCAAGGAGGUUGGAGGAUGAUUUUACCGCAGCUGACACCAGCCAUGGAGGGUAUCCUGGUAUGGGACAGACGCAGACUAGGCGGAAGCUUCUAGCCAUUCUUGAGUCUGUAGAGUUCUGUCAGGAUGUGCCUCCACUCUUACAGUUGAAUUAUUUUGAUAUGGCUGUCACUGAGGAGGCCAUUGCUUCCUGUGAACAGAAGGCGGAGGAUGGUGGUGUGACGCUCUGUAAUAUUCCCGUUCUUCAUAAACUACUAAUGAGUGAGAUAAUUGGCGCACAGGGCACUGCUACAGCUGGACAGAGAAACUUCUUGUUGCAGGAAGUUAAAGACAUUCUUCAUAAUGUCGUGCUGCGGAACAAGGUACGAGAGAGUUUGCACAUCAAGAAGGAAGCAUUUGAAGCUUGGAGACGGGUUAUAGAAGUGACUCUGGCCUCGUGUUCUGUUGAUAUCUUACCAAGAGAUACAAGGCAGACUAUUAUAUCUGAAGUACUACAGGAUUUACUCUCUAAGAUUGCAGAUGAGAAUGCUCUGCCUGAACUGACAUCACCUGUAUCCGGGGUUAUCUUAACUCUCCUUGCGCAUUUACGUCAGUCUACCAUUCCCACAGCCUCCUUAUCCACAUCAAGUGUUGACAGCACCGGAUCAGGCAGACCUGUUCAUCCUCAAGCUGGGAGCUCUCUUCCCGUUGGUCCAUCUGUAGCCAUCUUAAAGGGUUUGAUAGAGACCGUCUUGCGGUGUGGAGGAGGAUUGCAGCGGGUCAGGGCAAACCUGUACGCUGCGCUGCUGUACUUCAUGCAGACUGCGCCAGAGCCCGAAUCAACUGAAGAAAGAGGUGUCAUGAAAAACGUAUUAUCUUUAUAUCCCGGCCAGCCAUGGGACACCAGUAUUCUACCAGUGUUGUCUAGUUAUGGUGAACCAUUCAUGGACACAGUCUGUAGAGAUUCUUGUGAUGGACACGAUGUUGGCCGGAUGUUAGCGUUUUCCCUUCUUGAUGCAAUAAUUGCUGUUGACUGGCAACACCGUUGGUUGAAUUACCUCAACCUCAAAGGCUACCUCAAGCACAUGGUGGACGGCUUGGCUCACGAGGACCAUAUGCUGCAAUCAAUGUUGGACCCAUCCCCAGAGCCCCUUAAGGCUUUGUAUAUCUAUGAGUCCAAGAUGGCCCUACUAACCCGAGUGGCACAGUCUACGGAUGGUGCUAAGGUCCUUCUUCAAGCGGGGCUAUUAUCACGCCUGGCAGAAUGCGCCUUUUUGGAUCACAAACCUGAACAUGACACCGCUCAAAGGCUAAUGACCAGUGGCAUUUACGCUCAUGAUCACGAUACAAGCGCUGUCCUCUACGACUCAUUCGUGCCCACAGUGUUAGAGAGAUAUAGACAGUUAUUGACCCCUGCUUUAAAAGUAUCACUGGCAAUGUUGACAUCCCUGGGGUCACAUAAUCACAAAGAAGUAGCUUCUAAGGUUUUACACUUUGUCGUGUCACAUGUGGACGUAUUUGUCAGCAUUCUUCAAGACAGACAGCCUUUCCAAUCAUCCGGGUCAUUAAAGGAACUCUGUCUCGUCACAGGAAUUGUGUGCAACAUGGCACUCACUGAGGAUGCCCUCAUUGCCGACGACGACCUGGGUCAAGAGCAAAUCCAACUUAGAGGACCCCUAGCAAGGAUCGAACGUCUCAUGAUUGGUUUGUUGCCGAGAUAUUGUUCAAGCGAUAGUUGGGAGAAGAUCAUCAAAUCCGUAAUGGAGAAAAACGGUGAGGAACCUGGCGCUAAGUACAGUUUGGUCGCCAUGGAAACGACCGAAAAGUUGCAAAGAAUCUGCUCAAAUGUUAUUGGUUACUGUAGAACGGUCAUGGAUUCAUAUGGUACGGUUCCCUCUCAUUGUCAUGCGCUGUUUUCACCAAGUUUGACGGACUCUUUAGCACGUGAUUCUCGCCUCACUAGAGAAGCCAUUCGUUCCUCAACCGUGGUGUCUUUCCGCCUUCAAGUCAGCCUUGGUCUACCUGUGACUUUCAUGAAGAAGUGUUGCGAUCAAGUCUUUCAGACGGCUGAGUUGUUGUCACAGACGCGUGUGAAGCUGCAAAAUGUGACCGAGUUGACGAGUGAAGAACUAAGAGAGUUAAACCAAGUUCAACACGGUGGAGCUGUUCAAGAGAGAUUGUCAACACAGCAACGUCACCAACUGGCACAGAAAUGUCUUACUCAAGUUGUACAGUACAAGACGCAGGAGAUUUCUGCUCAGUUGUACAUUAUUGAGAAUUGUUUGUUUAUUCUAUGGCGUCACCUCGAUUUCUACUUUUUGCGCUGCAUCCCGUCGGAUGAAGAACGACGCAUUCUCGCUGGACCGCCGCUGAUCAGCAGUCAAAUGAGACGAUUACAUGAGAGACAGUCGCUUACGGAAGCUUCAGUAACAUUAGAUCCUGCUUCAGAAGCAAUAAGAUCUAGAGAAAGUGUGACACGAGAGGACAUUGACGCUCUCAAGAGAGAGGCAGCUAGUAUCCUUACAGAGACGUUUUUGAAGAAACUCGUUGAGAUUGAACAGACGCACGGAAAAGGAAGAACGCGGGUUGGAUUUAUCCAAGUUCUCGUCCGACGUAUCAAAGGACUCCUCACGAUUCAUGGGGCGCCUGCACGCUCCGAGAUGACCAGCGGAUUACGUUAAAAAGACAUUGGAACAAAGUGUCUGCGAACUUAUUCAUUGUUCAUUGCUUACUUGUCAAAUGUGUUUUCCUGGACUUUGCAAUCGGUUUACAACUGUUUUUGCAUGUUGUCUGGGCAGUUUUCAAGAACAAAUAGAAGAGUAAUUCAAGUUUUGUAUUAUCAAGAGCAGUGUUAGCCCACAGCUGUUAAUCUUUAACAGAUUUGCGGACUCCCACGACAUCAUGAUGUGACAACCUAGAAUGCAUGAUUGACUUUUAUUGUCUGGGUAAGCCCACACAAACAGAUUUGUACAGUUGGGACGUGGAGGGGGAAGUAGAUUCAAGUGCGAAGCGCGAUAGGUAUGAUUCGAACGACUGCACUUGACUCACAUCGAAACUUGACUCCAUUCAGUCAACUUUGUACGCCGGGCAUACAGCUAAUGUCUCGUUAGAACAACGGGAUCGACGACCUUUUUCUCAAUUCCCUAACCCCCCUUUUUUACAGCAGUGAGUUGUAGUCUUUAUUCGGUAAUGAGCUUUUGUAAGAAUUUAGAACUGCUUUUUCAAGUCGAAUCUUUCUUUGAAAUUGAACUAGCAGAAGCUCAUCGUAGGUUUUGUACCUCUGUAUAGGAUCACAUUGUUUUUACGCACACUUUAAAAUAGCGAGGAAUAAAGGCAUAAAUAAAAGUAUUCCCUACAGGAAGUGUAAGGCUUCAUCAGCGGGAGAGUGAAA